AUGGCACCCAGUAACUCUAAGACCCAUUUCUCGUCUUCAGUUAAUGUGGAUACAGCACUAUUACUGAACUUGUCUUCCAUCUUGUCUGAAAGUGACAAUGACACAAAGUUAAGCAAGAUCCAUGCAUUUAUAUCUUCUUCACCUGCUAACAACUCAUUACUGAAAUUGUUAUCCAAUUGGUCAUUCUAUUCGACUUCCAAUGAUCAUUCUGCGUUUAUUGAUUUAUCGGUCAAACUUUCAAAGUUCACUAAUUUUAUCAACGUAGCAUCAAACGCAUCGAACUCAACCUCAUCGCCAACCUCAUUGAAUAUCGCAUUCUUAGAAGUGAAGUCUAUCAUCACAGAUUUCUACAAAGACUUUCUUAAUAAUCACUUGAAAGUGGUAUAUAGAUCUCUAAGCAGUAAUAGGCCCCCAUUGACGAAUCCAGUAUUGCGUAUACUAACGAACAGUAUUGCCUUUAGUCAAGGAUUACUCGCAGAUGAUUUGAUCAAUAACUUCGAUUUCAACUUAAGCGUAUUGCCAAAGUUAUUGUUACCACACGGAGUUUCCGCCACAAAUUCCUCCAGCGCUCUGCAAUUGACUCCAAAUGAUCCUUCUAAGGAUCAUUUGUCGAUACGGUACAAUUUCAUAAAGUUUUGGAUCACUUUAACCUCGUUGUCUUCAGCAUUCACCAGAAGAGAUCUUCUCAUAAACAAUAGUGUCAAAAUUAUGAACAAUAUUUGGAAAUAUAUGGGUGACUCUGAUUCCUUACCAAGUGUAAGAAUGAUGUUGGAAUUUGUUGACAAGUAUAUUCUCUCUGAACCCAAUUUUAAGAAAUCGACCAAGUGUAAAAUUUUGAGUGAAAAUUUCAUGUUUAAAAUCCAAUUAAUAUUCAACAGAAUUGAAGGGAACACUGACGAGGCAUUUACUAAAACAUUUAUAGAUUUCAUGAACAAAUUGGUAAGCGAUGUUAAUUAUGGGUUGACUUAUGUGAAUCAAGAACCAUGGAACUCGUCCACUAUUGCUAAUGUAGGUUCUCAAUCAUCUGGCUCACUUCAAAUUAAUAAUAAAUCCUUCCGUAUAAAUAAUAAGCUUAUUUACACACUCUUGACUUCUUUGAAGCCAUGGGAAUCAAACACCCAGCUCCUGUUGGUAAACACUAUAUUGGAAUCCAAUCUAGAGUUAGUUCCUCCUUAUAUGAAUUGGAUUGUUCAAUCUGGCGGUGGAUACCAUGAUCCAAAUUUGAGUAGUUGGUGGGUUGGUCACAGUUUAUUGUAUAUUAGUAUUCUUCAACUUCCAUUGCCUCAUAAAGUACAACAUUCCAUUGACUUAGACCAUGAUACCUUCGAUGUCAAAUUACUAAUGGAAAAUGUGUGUCUUGCUCCACUAUCCAAAAAUGCCAUCGUGAAAUGUCUCCAAUCCCCACAUAAUAUUUUAAGACAAUUUAUUUCACAAAUUUUGGUUCUCCAAUUGACUAAAGCUUCAGAAAUCUUAUCUAAAUUGUCACAUCAUCAAAGACAAGAGUUUGUUGAAAGCGUCUUUGUGAAUUUACCCAGUGAAGCUGUGAUUUUCAGUGCAUUUAAGGAAUCUAGUGAAAGCGAUAUAGAUUUGAAACUCUUGAAAUUGACCCAAAUUGUGAUCUUGAACAAGUAUGAAAGUAUUAUUCAAAAUGCUAACACUUCAGCUGAAGCAUCUUCCACAACGUCCUCGUCAACGUCAACUUCCUUGUUGAAAUUUGUAAAUCAAGAAAUUAACACUUCCUUACAAUUAUCUGGCAGCUCAUUUUCAAGUGGAAUGGAUUUGAUUAUGUUGGAUAAUUUUCUCUCAAUCACUUCACAGCAACAGGGAGACGAUCAAGAUUUCAAAUGGUGGAAUAAAACUGGUGAUCAUUCUUUUUUCACCUCUUUGAUCAAACUUUCCACAACGUCAGGUUUGAAUGGAUCGCUUGUUUAUAAAAAUUUUAAAAUUUUGGAGAGGUUGACAUCUAAUAGCCUUAUAUUCAAUAAGGAUCUAUUAGUUAGUCCUAUCUUCGCUAUAAUUCAACUGAAUCCUACUUCUGAUAAGAUCUGGAACUUAUUGGACGAGACUAUUUCGAGGUCUGUUAGAAACCCAUAUAAAUAUCUUGAUUUGAGCCAUGGGCUGUAUAGUGACUUAAGUUUAUUUGUCCUUGUAUUACUUGAGCAGUUUAAGUUUAUUAUGAAAGAUGGAGAGAAGAAUUUAGAAGAAAUAAGAUGGUUAUUUCAGUUUUUAAAGUUGAUAAUUGUCAUUGGAGAACCUCAGAAUGCCGUAUUGAAUUUAAUCAAUGAAAAUUUAAAGGAUAUAAUUAAACUUGAUGAUUAUAUAAACACUCUCAACUUCAACGAUAGCAUUACUAGAGAAAAAGGACAAGACUUGGCAUUCUUCGAAUAUGUUGUAACUACACCUAACAAAAAUCUUAUGGAAGGUGGCGGCUCGAAGAUUCCGAUGAGUAAAUUUGAUAUUGCGGCACUUUUGUUUAGAUUAAAAUUGGUUCUUGAAGACGAAAACAUCAAGAGUGACGAUAUCAUCAUCGAUUUGACAACAAAAUUGGGUAAUUAUUUAUUCAGCGUAUUGUCUCAUGACGAGGAGAAUAUCUUUGAGAAAUACAUUCAAUCAGAGAAGUUUUUGGGUGAUAUAUUCAUUCGUGAAGGACAGGUUGAACCAAAGAGAUUAUUGGUAAGUGAAUUGAUUAACGAUAUUUUUCAACAAUUACCUAUAAGAUUUGAGGAGAACAGCUACUUUAAUACUUUAGUAUACCGCUUAUUCAAACAGGAAUUGUACGAAGAAUCUAUUUCCAACCUUAGUUGGAUAUUGACUAGUUCUCAAGUUGAAGAGUUGAUUCAAAGUUUGAAUUCUGACUAUUUGGUCACUUCUUUAUGUAGAAAUGCUAUUAGAAGAGGUUUGAAUGUUGAUUCAAAUACUUUGUCAAGACUUAUCAAAGGAUCGAAAAACUCUUCCACUACUACUAUCUCCAGCGUUGCUGAAAUUCUUCAAUCGAAUAAAGUUACAUUUGCUAAUACUUCAGAAGUAGAAGCACAAGUUGAUGAAAUUUUAGAAACAAACCAAAUCUUGUUGAAGCCGUUUAUUAAAUCUCACCCUGAUGUCGUUCGCUAUUUAACUACAAAGGUUUCUUUUACCGAUAGUUCGUUAUUAUGUUUCAUCGGAUAUUCCAUUGCGUCUACAUACCAACAGCAAAAUGAAAAUGAUCGAGAUGAAGUUAUAGUAAACUUUUUCAAGAAAGUUUUGAAUAUUGUUCUUGAAAAUGACGAUAUCAACGAAUGGAACCAAUUUUUAAGUAUUCUAGCAACUUGCUACCAGUUGGGAAUAGUCAUGGCAGAUGUCAGUCAAUUAAUAUCUACCAAGAUUUUCAAUUACGUACGUGCAAAUCCAAAGGGUGCUUUUAUGAGUGAGUUUGCUGAGGUCGCAUACGAAAUAAUUAAGUCCGUGGACAGCUGCUCUUUAGAAAUUGAAGAAUGGUUACAUAAAUCUGUUCUAUUCAUCACGAAAAAGCUUGCCCUUUCAAAGACAAUUUCAUCAAAUUUCAAGAUGUUUAUUACAUCUAUGGAAAAAAUUAUAAAGCAUUUACCAAGCAUUGGUAUUUCCAUUUGGAAAGUUACCCCCAUUGCGAUUGUCAAUACUCAGUUGGAAGUAAUUUUGAAUCAUAAACUUUGGUCCAAGGAUGUCAUUACUAUAAGCUACUGUAAUUCAAUUAUUACAACUGGACUGAAAAAUAUAGUUCAAUUUGAAAAAUUGUUGCAAAUAUUUAUUAACAACGAUGCUAUUGUUUUAAAUGAAUUACCAGCUGGAAGAACACAGCAAGAAAACAGAUUUCAAGCUGCUCUUUUGAUAUUAAAUCUUUUUCAAAUGGAUGAAUCUAAGAGUUCUACGUCAAUAGUGAUGAAUAAAUUGUUACUGUUGUACUUGGGAACAAUUCGUAUUGAAGAUUUAAUAUUGAAAAGCAUAUUGAAAAAAGUGGAAGCUAAAUUGCCAUACAGUUGGAUUUCACAAGUAUAUAACUGGGACUUUUCAGAAGAAUUGAGUAAUGAUGAAAAGGAAGUCGUUGGAGCUGAAGAGAGAUUGAUUUUACAAGAUAAUAAAGGUUUUAUCGUCUCAUUAGCGAAGAACUUUAUUAAAAACUCUAACGAGAAUUACCAAAAACAAUUUGAACAGCAAUUAUUCGCUCCUGAUUCUAAUUCUCUUGAAGAAUUUGCCAAAUCAAACUUCCUUCAUGUGGACCAAUCCUACUCUAAAACUAUAUACGAUCCAGAAUUCCUCAUGAUGCUUAUCGUUAAUAAUGAAGAGAUUGUCAAGUUCGAGAAGGAUAAGCCAUCUGCUACAAUUGAUGUCAAGAAAUUGGUUGACUCCAAUUUAUUACAAUUCAUCGUUAAUGGAUUAUCUAUCCCACAAGUCCACGAUAUUCUGAAAGUUAUACUUCAAGGAAUACUCAAGACCUGUAGUGAUCCAGAAUAUACCUUCAAGGAUAAGAAUAUUUUUAAAGUUUUCGUCUCCAACAUCUUGAAUACUCUCAGGAACACUAACCUGGACAAAAUACCGCCUCUUAUUUGGUUCUUACAUGGUGCAAUUGUCCCCAUCUUGUCAAAUCCAGGGCAUUUCUUGUACGAGAGAACAUUUAGAUACGUCUUAUCACAUCCUAAGGUGAAGGGUACAAUGAUUCCGAUGUACAGUAGUAUUACUAUGUCUUUGAGUGCUGACGCUGAAUUAGAAGGAGAAGACUCGUAUUUAAAACAAAUAUCUUGGUUAUUGACUCAGUUUUGGUAUGGAAUUACAAAUACCAGCGAUUUGCAAGUACUUAAGUUCAGUGGUGCAAUUGAAUGGUGUCUUAACUUGAUGAACUCUCCAUACAUUAAUAUGAGGGUAAGGACCUUGAUUUUCAAAGUUUUGUACAAAAUUCAAACUAUUAAUGAAGGGUCUGACUUAUUGGUGACUAGAUUUGGUAUUUUGACUAGCCUUGAACAACAGUUGUGUAAUGUAGAGAAAAUUGGCUCCACAUUAACAACAAGAGCUGUGGAAAUACAAGGGUUGGUAGCUGAACAACUUACCAUCAAUAUCGAAGAACUUGUUCUUAGGUUAGGCAUUACUCUCGGAGGAAAUAAAAGAAUCAGAGAAUGGACAGGCAAUGAUAUCGGUGAGUACAUCAAGAGAAUCCAUACAUAA